UGCAUCGUCGGAAGCGGCAUCCAGAGGAGUACAACGCUGACUGUCUUGCUCUACUACCGAACAAACAGCCAGGAUGGUCAUCUCUGGAAGACGCUAUUGUGCUGCGUCACGCGACAGACCUAUGCAGCCAGUUCGCCAUGGCCCGCGAGCUGUACGGUGAAAUUCACACGCUCCUGCCCCACCGCACUCCGGUCGCCAUCCAACACCGCUUACGCGCGCUCGGCUGGUCCCGUUCGACAGUUCUUGCUUCACAAGUGCAUCAUCCUCCGCCCCUCGACUCCACCCAACAACCAACACCUGCACCUGCCGACUCCGUUGUAAACGCCGCCUCACGUUCAACGGCCCCUAUCGGACACCUUGCUAUUUCCCACUCCGUUAACCCAACACAGGAACCUCACACAUCCUCACUCGCGCCCUCAUCACCCACCGACUGCUACACACACAUCUCCCCAACACCGACGUCCCGGCCCUCGUCUAUCACCGACCGGCCACUGCAAUCACCAAUCAUACUCCCACAUGCACCCACACCUAUUCACCUAUCACCUCCUGUUGACAGAUCGCCACCAACUGUGUUGCCAACGUCCCCCACAAACAAUUCACCGUCCGCACAUUACUCUCCCAUUCCCACCCAUACUUGUCUACAAUCCUCCCUACCCAGUCCCUCUUCACACAUGCAAACACAUCCACCUACACCAACCUACACCAGCUCAUCAACGGUCCCUCAUUUUGACAAUACUCUGACAAUAUGUGAGGACAACCACCCACUUUCACAAUCAAUCACCCACAUAUGCCCCUCUACAUCACCCUCCUUCCCUGCACAAACCCCAUCACACACAUCAUCAGUUGUCACAGACAAUAUGUCCAGUCCACCGCCCCACCCGUUUCACCCGUCCAUUGAUGUGUCCCUUCUCUCAGCCGCACUCACCACACUGAGCAACUUGGAGAAUAGGAACCACAUUUCCGAUUCUCUCCUCCAUCUUUUAUCAUCCGCAACCACCCCUGCCACACCCAAUCUCCCAUUGGCCAUCAAUCUGUUUUGUGCGCAUCAUUUCCCCCACCGUUGGCGACCGACCAAACCUCGACCACACCGGAACCCCGACCGCAUCAAGAACAACCGACAGCUCCGGCGAAUCCAGUAUGGACACAUUCAAAAUGUGUACAGGUCGAACAGGAAGGACGCUGCGGAUACAAUCUUGAGCGGCCGCUGGCGCACCGCCUUCGCGCCGACAGAGUCGUGUUUGCCGGGGUUCAACGAAUACUGGAAAUCGACCUUCUGUCAUCCCGCGUCCAGAGACUGCCGCCCACCUCACCGAGUGAUCGAGCAAUCGCCAGACUUGAUCGCUCCCAUCACGUUGAUGGAAGUGAAGACGGCGAUCUCGCGCAUGAAAGGCCGUGCACCAGGUUUGGAUCGUCUAGGCAUCUGCGACAUGCACAGAUUCGGGUUCCCUUUCCUUACGGCCCUAUUCAACAGCGUCCUGGCGAGUGGCUGUCCCCCACCACAUCUGACCCAGGCCCGAAUCUCAUUUCUCCCCAAAGUGAACUGUCCCAAAGAACCGUCCGAUUUUCGUCCAAUAUCGAUCUGUUCUAUACUUAUGCGCCUGAUGCAUAAGAUUCUCUUCUCCCGAUGGGUCAGUUUCUUCCCCGAAGACCGCGGGCAAUUUGGCUUUCUCAAGAAAGACGGAUGCUUCGAGGCCACCAACAUUCUCCACGCUGCUCUGCGACAUGCUCAUCGUCACAAGCAGACCCUAUCGUUCGCCACCGUGGACGUCUCCAAGGCUUUUGAUUCCAUCUCGUUCGACUCUCUACACCGAGCCGCGUCAGCCUUUGGAGCACCGCCGCUGCUGCAGUCAUACUUACGAUCUCUGUACGACAACGGCACGGCCAUGAUCGGCGAUCAAAUGGUCCACCCGACGCGUGGGGUUCGUCAGGGCGACCCGCUUUCCCCCCUCCUCUUCAUCAUGGCCAUGGACGAGGCCCUCCACCAUCAACAUUUCCUGCCUUGGAGUAGCCCUGCAGGUCCCCUAUCCUACCUGGCCUAUGCGGAUGAUGUCAUCCUAUUCGCUCACGACAAGGCCAAUCUGCAGCUGCGACUUCAAGCAUUUGUGGAGGAAAUUGCACAGCUGGGACUUUCGACCAACCUGGCGAAGACCGCGGUAGUGAACAUCCGUGCACACGGGGCCAUUUCCAAAUGCGUGCUGGAUACGCAGGCCAUGCUGCUGAACAGCGCUUCGAUUCCGGCUCACAACACCACAUCAACGUUCAAUUUCCUCGGAGUGACGUUCGACUGGGCUGGGAAGAGGAGCUACAAGGCGGACGCAGAUCUAAAGUUCAUGUUGGAUGAACUAACGAAGGCGCCUUUGAAGCCACACCAACGAAUGCGCAUCCUGCAGCAACACCUGAUCCCGAGGUUCCUGCAUCGUCUCUGUCUCAUGGCAACUGGCAAAGGGACACUGAAGCGGCUUGACAUGGUGGUGCGAGCCUACGUGAAACGUUGGCUACACCUGCCGAAGGACACCUCGACCGCGUUCUUCUACGCCGCUAUC